ACGAUCCGUCGGUCUGCGAAACUGUUACAGUUCUGUCGGGUAGAUCAGCGUUGAAAGUUGUUAUUAGAAAUGUCUCUAAAAUUGUUGUCGUGCCUUUUCGUGCUGGUUUUGGCCGCGAUCGCCUGCGAGGGGCAGACCCAAUACAAUCCGUAUCUGAGGAACCCCUACUACAGGGACCUGUACUACAAAAACCGCGAUCUGUACAAUCUGCGCCGCUACUACGACGGCUUCUACAAAAAGUACAACCCCUUCAUUGCCAACGCCCAGGCCCGCGUUGUGGCCCAGACCAACGAGGCCAACUACGGCACGGGAUCCUAUGUGUACAACUAUGAGACGGAGAACGGCAUCCACGGCGAGGAGCGCGGUGUGCCCGUCAAUAUAGACAACCAGGAGCAGGAGGAACAGGUCGAGGGUGCCUACUCCUACAUCUCGCCGGAGGGUCUGCGCGUGGGCGUCAAAUACGUGGCCGAUGCCAACGGCUUCCGUCCAGUGAUCACCUAUGAUGGCGUAAACUCUGCCUUCUAUGCCAGCCAGCCUGCCCCGGCAAAUGUGGUCUACACGAAGCAUUGAGGCAAGAUUCCUUCCUAUUCAUUGUUACUUGAGUGAAAUAAGUAUGUUCAGCCAUCUUCUUAAUAAAAAUAUAAUCUUCACAAA